AUGGCCCAGAACACGUAUGGUUCUGAGAUCCCUGUCUGGGAUGGCGACCCCAACACCUUCGAGCGGUUCGCUAGCGCAUGCCUGUGGUACUCUUAUGGGCUGAAGGACAAUGAGCGGCACCUGGCGGCAGCCAGGGUUUGGAACAAGAUGACCGGGCCAGCGAAAGGAGUGAUUCGCCACCUGAACCCCGAGGAUUUUGCUGUGUCUGACGGCAUCAACAAGCUGGUGGCGGUGCUGCGGGAGUCUCCUUUGCAAAAGCUCCCGAUUCCUGACUCCUUCUCUCGCCUGGAGAAGUGGUCGUCCUUGCACAAGCGCAACUCCGAGACGAUUCCCCAGCUCAUUGUCCGAGAAGAGGAGCUGUUCACAGAGCUACAGGUGUCCUUGAAGAGGGCCCGUGAGACGUCAAGGCAGGGCUUCUUCGAGUCAGCCGCUGGGAAAGGAAAAGGAAAAGGCCUGGGCUCCUUCUUUCCGGCUGCGGCAAAUGCUUCGAGGCCGGCGGCUGCAGGUGAUGGCGAAGCGGAAGAAGGCGAGCCCAAGCUUGGGAGCGCCACUGGCGGAUCCCCCGGCGGCAGGUCUUCGGCACCUUCGGCCCAGGACUCCGAGCAAGCGGCCCCCUUGACUGGCUUCUUCGAGGACCAGCUUCGAGAAUACCGCCUGCUGAAAGCAUCCCACCUCGGAGCCCAUGAACGGCAACAAGCAAGCCCCAGGGACGACCUGGCGGCACUUGGUGGCACGACGAGGUGGUAUACGGUGGAACCAGGCCUAUCACUACGAGCGGGCACCGACUACUACGAGGACCUAGCCGCUUACCAGUACGACUGGGACCCCACCGCGGCGGAGAACGACGUCUACGCGGCUCUAGCAGACGAAGAGAUGGAAGCCUACCAAUUGGCACAAGAGGCCAACAGGACCUUGCAGCAGGCCCGGCAGGCAGUGGCAAAGGCUCUGCCGAAACAGCGGGAGAUCGCCUCUGUCGCCUACCGCAAGGCUUUGGCAGCAGACCAUCUGUCGAAGUUGAACAACGCGGUCGGGAGACCAAAGACCAAGUAUGAUGCCGGAGCGCUUGUAAUGGUGUGGCGCGUUCGAAAGAACGGCGGCAAGGGAGCGUGGACUGGCCCAGUUCGGGUCAUCCAUAUGGAAGGCAGUACGCUUUGGCUGGCUAGCGGUGCUUCUCUUCUUCGUGCCAAGCUGAACCAGGUCCGACCUUGCAGCCGGACCGAAGAACUUACGGCCAUCGCAAAUGGAGCCUCGAUCUACAAGAUGCCGGUGAUGAGGACUUGGCCGGCGAGACUCCACCGAGCGAGGCCAAGGAGGACACUGGACAAGGAGAAGUACGUGCUGCGCCUCGGCCACGACGGCCCGGAGACGACCGAUGGGAACUUCGUGGGCCAUGGACGGACGAUGCCAAUCCAGGAGGACCAGCUCACGGGUGUACGUGUGACCUUUCUGAAAGUGACCGGCAACUCCCAGGUGAUCCGCGAUAACUACCAGCCGACCAUCCUCAAGGACAAGGUCCACCUGAGCUUGACGAGGCCGGGAAGCCCAAAGUACUGGAAGAUCUUCGAUCAGAAAGACCUGUGUUGCCCCAUCAAGAACCACUUCCACAAGUGCCACAAGAACCGUCUCCUGGUCCUUCUAGCCAACCGGCUGCGAGUUCAGGUUCUCUGGUCCCUCCGACGCCAAUAUCAGCGAUGCCUGGCACACCCGCACCACCUGCUCCUGUGUCGGCAAUGCCUGGAACGCCAGAUCUCCCCGGAAAGCUGGUUCCGAACACCCCUCGUGGACAGGCGGCGGACAUCCUUUACCACACCGUGA